GCCAUAUCCUCACUCGCACUCUGUCUCUUUUUUCCAGUCAAUUUCUGUCGCACUUUAUCAACCUGUUUGAGGGAAAACAGAAGGGAAUGGUAGGAGGCUGUAUGCUGCUGUAUGUGCCAAUAGUAUCUGGAUGCAGCCUUGAUGAUGCAAGCUGAGACUGCAUAUAUCAAUGUGCUAUGCAUGACCUUCAGAAGUUUCGGUAAAUGAAAGUUAUACAAUGUGUUGUUCAUUGCGGAGCUCCUCUAUUAGAAAAAAAGAAGAAAAUUAAGCCUCAGCCAGGAUAGCAAAUCUCUAAAAUUUCAUCUCCUGUCAGCGCUACUCUUAGCAUGGCAACAGUCAAAGAGAAACCUCGGAGAAGAGAUAGCUUAGACAGACCUCCUAACAUGAGCAGUGAAACAUCACUAAGGAUGCUGAUCUUCGGCAGCUCUAGUCAUGUUCAGAUCUCAACUUCCCAGUCUAUUUUGGGGCAAGACGUCUUUUCCAGAUUCAAAGUCAACAUUUCAGCUACCAAGAAAAGCUCAGGGGUCUUUCAGGAGAGAAAAACAACCCUGAUCAACACCCCAAAUCUUCAGGAUAACAGAGGCUUACCAGACCGUGUCCUCCAGAAGGAACUGAGGAAGGCCGUUUGUUGCUCUUGUCCUGGUCCUCAUGCUGUUCUGCUCAUUCUAGAUGCACUUCAUUUGACCGCGGACGCUACAGACAUAUUGAAGCCUGUGGUGCACUACUUUGGUGAACAUGUUUUGAAGCACAUACUGAUUGUUUUAUACCACAAGAAAAAUCUGAGAGCUCUGUCCAUAGAGGAUGAGGUGAAGAGGAAUAAGAGCUUUAGUGAGCUUGCAGAGAAAUGUGGCAACAAUUACCUGUUCUUCAAUGAAGAAAUAAACCAGACUCACGAGGGAAGCCAGACACAAGCUCUGUUCACCAAGAUUGAUGAGAUGGUCUUGGAGCAUGGAGUUUACUCAAACCUGGAGUUCAAGGAUGCUGAAAAAAGAAUUCAUAUCGAGGAGCGUUUCAUCAGAAAGUCCAGGGAGAAAGAGAUCAGGCAGACAAUGGAGAUGCUGGAGAAGAAGCAUUCAGGAGAAGCUCUGGCUAGAGAGAUGAAGAACUAUGAAGACAAGAUACAGAUGGAGUGCAGAGAGAAAGCAGAGCUGGCCGUCGCUGAUAAAAUUGGCUUCACACUUAGAGUUGUUGAUUAUGCUGUUGCAGUGGGGAAAGGAGCAUUUGUUGGGGCACUUCUGGGGUUUGCAGUGGGAAAUGAGGGAAUGGCAAUCGGAGCUGCUAUUGGUGCUGGUCUUGGUGGAGUACUUGGAGGUGCAGUAAAUGCAGCAUGGAGCUACAUAUCCAGCUCAUUUCCAGAUGCUCUCAGGGAUUCCACCUAGUGCAUUUUUUUGUUAUUGUUUAUCUGGGGUAACAUGUAAUUAAAAAUAAUAUAUUUUGUGGCAAUACCCAAAAAUACAUUUUCUAAUGUAAAUAUAUCAAGUUUUGCUUUAGGAACUUUACUUCAACAACUUUAAGGGUGAUUUUCUUGGUAUUUACAUUUUUGUGAACCCUUAGAUUCCAGAUAUUCAGUUGUAUCUGGAACAAAUAUUUACCUAUACACACUCUCAGAAAUAAAGAGCUGUCACUGGGGUGGUACCUUUUCAAAAGGUACACAUUUGUAUGUAAAAGGUCCAUAUUAAUACCUCAAGGGUACAUAUUAGUACCUAAAAAGUACAAAAGUGUUCCUCUUAAAAUUUGUAGGUACUAAUGUACUUUUGAGGUGCCAAUAUGGACCCGUCAAGUACAAAUGUGUACCUUUUGAAGAGGUACCACCCCAGUGACAGCUCGCAUACCUUUAUUUUUGAGAGUGCACAGUGGUGUAAAGUAAGAAAAUACUCAAACUACUGUAAUUGAGUAUUUUUUUCUCAGGAAUUUUAAUUAACUGUUUUCAAAAUGUGUACUUUAACUUUCCCUUAAGUACUUUUUAAGUGCAGUAUUGGUACUUUUACUCCACAGUUUUUCUUCAACCUGCAGUCACUACUGUCUAUGAGGAUUAGAAAACGUCCAACCUAAAAUCAACCAAAUAUCAACAUCUAAUGAGUUACAGCUUGACAUUGAGUGGACAUUACCACUAUAACGUCUGUCAGAUGUUGGAUUUGCCCUACCUAACAAAUAAAUGUCAGUAUUUGAUGCCAAUA